UAUAUAUAUAGAUAUGUGUGUUGCAAUGAAUACUUGCGAUACAUGUAAUAAAAAUCCUUUUCGCUUAUAUCUAUCGAAAAGUGCGGAAUGUCAAAAUUUAAAAUGUUACAAUGAAUGUGUAGCCGACGACGAAAGUGUUCCUUGCUAUUUCCUUUAGCAAGAUUUAAAUUUAGAUUAAAUUCUAAUGAUACGAUUGACAAUUCGAAAUUCAAAGUGUUCUUUUUCAAAAUUUAGUAAAGAUUGUAUAUCAAUUGUAGAUAUAUCGAAAUUUUUCGGCCGCAAACGAUCAUUUUACGAAAUGAGGGCGACCAGUUGCAGAUCAAUUCCAUUCAUCAACUUUCGGAUUGUAAGAUAUCUCUAUCGGCCACGACGAUUAAACAAGUAUUACGAUAUUUACAGAAUAGCUGCCCUUGCGCGGGAUCGCGCCUGUCUCUUCACGUGCCAGCAGGCCUCUCAGAACCUGCAACAGCAGCAGGUUAGAGUUUGGCUUAUACAACCCCAUGGCGCAACCGGUCUAAGUCAUGACUUUACUCCCCAGCCCCGCUUUUAUAGUGCGCCAGGUCGCAGGGCCGGCUUCUUCUCGCAGUUCUUCGACAACAUGAAGGCGGAGAUGGAUAAGAACAAGGAGAUCAAGGACAAUAUCCGAAAGUUCCGUGAGGAGGCCCAGAAGCUAGAAGAAUCGGACGCCCUGAAGUCAGCGCGGCAAAAGUUUAACAUUGUCGAAUCGGAGGCACAAAAGUCGUCUAGCAUGCUGAAGGAGCAGCUGGGCGCCAUCAAGGAGCGUGUAGGUGAUGUUCUAGAGGACGCCAGCAAAUCCGAUCUGGCCAAAAAGGUUACCGAGGAGCUCUCGAAGAAGGCUAGGGGGGUCAGCGACACGAUCUCGGACACCAGUGGCAAGCUGGGCCAGACCAGCGCUUUCCAGGCCAUCUCUAACACGACGACGACCAUCAAAAAGGAGAUGGACAGCGCAAGCAUAGAGAAUCGUGUCUAUCGUGCUCCUGCCCAGUUGCGCAAGCGCGUCCAGCUCGACAUGAGCGAUAGCGAUCGCGUUGUGGAGCCCAACACGGAAGCCACUGGUAUGGAGCUGCACAAGGACUCCAAGUUCUACGAGUCGUGGGAGAACUUCAAGAACAACAAUACCUACGUGAACAAGGUGCUUGACUGGAAGGUUAAAUACGACGAGUCUGAGAACCCUGUGAUCCGUGCCUCCCGCCUGCUGACCGACAAAGUGUCCGACGUCAUGGGCGGACUCUUUUCAAAGACGGAGCUUUCGGAAACGAUGACGGAGCUGGUGAAAAUCGAUCCGAGCUUUGAUCAGAAGGAUUUCCUCCGCGAUUGCGAAACGGACAUCAUUCCAAAUAUUCUGGAAUCGAUUGUCCGUGGCGACCUGGAGAUUCUGAAGGACUGGUGCUUUGAGAGCACUUUCAAUAUUAUCGCAAAUCCCAUUAAGGAGGCUAAGAAGGCCGGCCUGUACCUGGACUCCAAGAUCCUCGACAUCGAGAACAUCGAACUGGCAAUGGGCAAGGUCAUGGAGCAGGGCCCGGUACUGAUCAUCACGUUCCAAGCCCAGCAGAUCAUGUGCGUGCGGGACCAGAAGAGUCAGGUCGUCGAGGGCGAUCCGGAGAAGGUGAUGCGGGUGCACUACGUCUGGGUGCUGUGCCGCGACCGCAACGAACUCAACCCCAAGGCUGCCUGGCGGCUGAUGGAGCUGUCCGCCAACAGCUCAGAGCAAUUUGUUUAGCGCGCUGCCACGCCUUUCUUUUUUACCGAGCCGUUUAAGUUUCCCUCAUUUUCUCAUCCAAAAAACAAACGAAAAGAUUACUGGACACUGAGCAUUGACGACGAACUGACCACGAACUCGACCCGCAGGAAUCUAUCAAGUGUGUACAAAGGUUUCGUUUUCGAUUGCUUUGAAAGUUUUGUCCGCCACUAGUCAACUGCGUCCGCCCGGCAGGGGCUGCUGGUCGGUCCCGUGAACGAUUCCCCCACGAAUUCCGGGCACAGCAGACUGCCGGCUCCGGCGCGGCUCAUCCCCCAAAAUGACGCCCCGGUUGGCCGUUCCUUGCGGCCACGCCCCCCGCCGGCCCACUUCCGGCUAGCACGGAAGCAGUGUCCGGUGCGGGGAUUGGCCGUCGGGAUCGUGGUUCCUCCGCUGGUGUCCUGGCCAAAUCUAUAACGUUGAAGCUUAAAGUGCAACCGCCGGUGUAUAAGGCGUAUAAGUAGUGACCAUAAGCAAAUUGUUGAGUGUAGUUGAGUUUAGGUAUUUUAAGGCCCCUACCCCUCCUGACAACCACCCACCCCCCCCCACCAUACCCCUUCUCUUGUAAAUAUGGAAUUCGCUCGGGGCAGCUUGGGCAUCGUAAAUUGACUGUACACACAGAAUCCAAAGAGUUGUAUGUACGUACACAUCGAGCGCCACUCAGAAUGUCUAGAAAAAUAAAAAUACUUCAAUAUUUUUACAUGUACCACUUAAGCAGCUGGCGAAUUCUUGAGAAAUAAGUGUUAUCUUACCUUACCCUAAUCACAGACAUCCAAGUUUAUGGUUGCCCAAUGGAUUGGGCAUCCGUAAGCGCCACUUGCUACCAAGUGGGCAAAAUAAAAAAUCCAAUACUUUUACAUAAUCCAUUUUUAAAACAUGGAAUGCUUUAUUUUAAUUUCACCUUGAUUAAUAAGUAGCACGAGUACCAUACACUUGCUGUUUUGAGGGAGAAAAUAGUUUGUUGCUCAAAUAAAAAUGUUUGAAAAUACCUAA